AUGCUCGCACUGAUGGAAAUCGAUCUUCGCCACUGCCAACUGGACUACGAUAGCCUAAAGCUAUUAAUCCAGACAUGCAAGAAGUUGAGGCACUUCAUAUUCGUCAAUUGGAGCAGCUUUGAUGAUCCACUAGGUCCCAGGAGCCAGAUUCCUCUUUUUCACGGAGCCGACCUACUCCGACCACACCAGGACACCCUGGAAUACCUGCGGAUAGAAUUCCUUGAGGACCGUAUGCUUGCUUGGAUCGGAUCUUUCCCGAAACUUCCGGGAGAGAAGAUGCCUUCGCUCCGUGACUUCACCGUUAUGGUAGACCUCACGGUCCAAUUCAGUCUCCUUACGCCGCAUCCGGAAUUUUCUUCCUCUUUGAAGCGACUGACUAUUACAGACUGUAACACAUCUAUCUUGGAUAUGACUUAUUGUAUCGCUACCGACUGCAAGAACGGGCGAUAUCCAGAGCUGCAGGCAAUUAAUGUUGUAUUCGUGAAUAGGCUAAGUCUUAUCGACCUAAGGAUAUAUCAAGCGCGCGGAAAACCCUUCCGGAGUCUCCGAAAUCUGUUCAAGCGCACCAAGGUGCAUUACCGGAUCCGUUGUCGCUCUAAUCGUAGAAUGCGCGGUGGCGACGAUUUAGAGGAAGAGGAUUGA